UCCAAUGAUUAUGCGUAGGUGAUAAUGAAUUUGUAUCAACAGUUAACGUGCGAUGGGGAGAGUAGCGCUCUGUUCGCAGGGGGAUACCGACCAAGGGAGAUCAGGAUAGGUGACUUGGACCAGAUCAUUUCUCCAGAACUUGGAGCUGGCAAUGAGGGUAACUCUUUAUCAGAGGGUGACACGGGAUAUUCAUUACAACACAGUUACCCGUCUUUCUCCGGUGCCAAUUCUGCAACCGACUGCACCGUUACUCAGCUCCCAGUCUACUCAGGCUCGAGCAGCUCUCCUCUGACACAGAGUCAGGGCUUUUCAACCACGCCACCGGCCUGCCUUCACUACUCUCGUCUCCCCUCCUACCACCGGGUGCAGGAACACGACUUCCCGGGACUUGGGUACUCCUCUUCCACACACAUCACCGGGACUGAGGCGCUGGCGCACGCUGAAUUCGGGUCUAUAAAUGCGCACAUUAAAAUCUACACUCAUGAUGGGUCAAAUGUUCACUUUGCUGUUGUGGACAGUAGCUCUCCCUCCGACCCCAAGUGUAAGGUAGCUGAACUCAGUCACAGGAGCAAAACUUUUGAUUGGAUGAACGUGAAGAAGAGAAGUCAAGCUCGGACGGCCAAGAUGCACAUGGCCUGUGGAUUAAGUUUAGUCGCUCCGGGCGUCAGUAUGGACAGAGGAGGUGGAGGUAACCCCAGCAUUCCCACCGAUGGGCAUCAUAUUACCGCUAACGGGGUACUAAGGACCAGUUUCACCACCAAACAGCUCACAGAGCUCGAGAAGGAGUUCCACUUCAACAAGUACCUGACGCGCGCCAGACGCGUGGAGAUCGCGAGCGCCCUGCAACUGAGCGAGACGCAGGUGAAGAUUUGGUUCCAGAACCGGCGCAUGAAACAGAAGAAAUUAAUGCGCGAGGGCCUUCUCCCGGUGGCCCUCCCGUUCCUCGAGCUGCUCAGAAAGCUCACGCUCCAACAGCCUGGACACUUAUUCCUCUCCUGGACAACUUGA